AGAGGAGGGGCCGCUGGCGCCGCCCCCAGCGUGGUGCUGAGCUGGGGAAGGAAGCGAGGCGGACCUGCAGCGGAGGAGGCGGGGUGGGGCGAGCAGCUUCCGCGGGCUGCGAGUGUGCAAUGUGAGCUGAGGCCACUGCUUGAAAGACGAAGCAAUAGGAGUUUAAGAGUAUAGUAGGAGGCAUAAAUCGGUUUCGUGAACGAAAGAUAGUUAGUGGGUGUACAUUAAUUCAGAAAAGCUAAUCCUGCCAGAUGCUGAAAAGCUGAACCCACGUGAAUCAGAAUCCCAGAAUCAGCGCAGCGCUGGGGACCUUGCAGGAAAGCUUAGAUAUGCCAACAACAGCAAUUACAAAAAUGAUGUCAUGAUCAGAAAAGAGGCUUAUGUACACAAGAGUGUAAUGGAAGAAUUGAAGAGGAUUAUUGAUGACAGUGAAAUUACAAAAGAAGAUGAUGCUUUGUGGCCUCCCCCUGACAGGGUCGGCCGACAGGAGCUUGAAAUUGUAAUUGGAGAUGAACACAUUUCUUUCACCACAUCAAAAAUAGGUUCUCUUAUUGAUGUAAAUCAGUCAAAGGAUCCUGAAGGCCUUCGAGUAUUUUACUAUUUGGUACAGGACCUGAAAUGUUUAGUUUUUAGUCUUAUUGGAUUACAUUUCAAGAUUAAACCGAUCUAAAUUGUAUGUUUUUUGAAGCUGCUUUUAUAUUUAAUUAAGGGAUGGGUAAGGGAGGGCUUAUUUACAAUACUGGGCUUUUUAUGAAUGUGAAACAGACAAAUUUUUUUUGUAUGCAAAGUGAAAGUAAGAAAAUACAUAAACAAGCUUGAUUGUUAUCCUCACUUGGGUCCAAGUGGGUUGGACAGUCCCCACACACAUUAAAUUCUGUAAAUAAAAGCCACCUUUCUUUGAAAUUGUGCUCCAAUAAAACAUAUCAAAGCCUGGA